GUUCAGUUGAACAGAACCAAUAUGUCUACCUUCGCCUUCCUUCUCCUUUGCGUGCAGGCUUGCCUCAUCCACAAUGCGUACAGCGCAUGCCUCGGAACUGGCUACUACGGCGCCGGUCUCGGCUACGGCUACGGCGGUCUCGGCUACGGAGGAUGCGGUCUAGGCGGCAUCGGUUACGGCGGUCUCGGUUAUGAUGGUUUUGGUUACGGCGGCUUCGGUUAUGGUGGACUCGGAUAUGAUGGAUUUGGUUAUGGCGGACUCGGUUACGGUGCCUUCGGUUAUGACGGUCUUGGUGGUUACGGCGGUGCUGGUGUAGGCAAUGUUGCUGUCGCCGGUGAGCUGCCCGUGGCUGGUACCACCGCCGUCGCCGGACAGGUGCCCAUCAUCGGCGCCGUGGAGUUCGGCGGUACCGCGGCUGCUGCUGGAGCUGUCUCCAUCGCUGGACGUUGCGGCUGCGGCUGUGGUGGACCUUACCUCUACUAAUGAUUCAAUAACAACUAACCGAAAUUCCAACUGGCCAACUGACGAAGCAAAAUAUGACAAUAAAUAUUACUGAAAAUGCAA